AUGCUUUCAGCGGGCUUCAGCGAAGCUGUCGUUUACGGUGGUGGUAGCAUGGAUGAGUAUGACAACCUGCAGGAGUGGAGGGAGGCGAACUAUACAGGAGGAGGCAAUAAGGCAAAGAAGAGGAUUGUAUACGGUGGCACAGAAAUGGCUAAUGCGAUAGAGUUUAAAGAUGAGCAGUCCUUAGGGAGAAAGUACCAAGUAAACUUUAGAUUCGGAAGCUAA